UAUUAGAAUGCCGCCAAAUCAAAAACUGCAGUGCUCGCUGUGCUUGGCUAGUUUUCGCCGCGUGGAACAUCUCCGAAGACAUUUGGCCUCUCAUACGGACAUUCGCCCAUUCAGCUGUAUGUUUUGCACCAAAUCUUUCAAGAGGAAUGAUGUGUUAAAACGCCACUGGGACACUUGCAAGUCUCGCAUUGAAAAUGGAAAAAGCAUCCCAGGAACCUCUUCCAUCCGGAAAUCGAAACGAGAAGUGUGCGACAACUGUGCCCGUUUGAAGCGCGCAUGUAAUCUUGAAUCGCCCUGUGGCACAUGCUUUGCAAAGAACCAAAGGUGUUCCUACUCAGGUGUCCUUUGCUCGGAAGGAAAUGCAGGUAAUAAGGGUCCGGAUGUAGAUCGACGACAGAUUCAUGCAGUGCCAUUCUCUUUUGCUAAGUCUGAUUUGAACAUUGAACUGAAUUCAACAUUAGCUGGCUCCAUAUCUUGUGCCAGCAAUCAAAUGAAUGAUAGCCAACCUCCGGCUUAUUCAUGGGAGAAGCUAGAUUUCCUUAACCACACCACGGCAAUAUCCAGGAUGAAAGGCAUUUUAAACUGUUUCGAAUGCGGGAGUCCGUCGCAGAGGCUGGAGAUUGCCAAUUUGACUUGGUACGACCCAUCGGUUGCCCAGGAUGAAGCUUUAGACCUAGAAAGUUGGAACCCUGAAGCUGCGUUGGCUGAGAGCCACGGAAACGACCAGCCUAUAUCAGCAAUGCUCCUUCCCAGUCUCACCUGGGAUGAUGUUAAUAUGGCUGCAUCAUCAACAGGUACCGUCGAGGAAUCCUCCGCGUUUCCCUGGGUGGAUUUCGAUCCCGAUCCAUUGGCAGGCACAACGGCUGAAAUCGUUCAGCGCCUCGGAGUUGCUGUAUCCCAUCAUUUCAAAGGCCAUGAAUGGCUGCCCUGCACAGAAGCGCUUUGCACGGAGUUUUUCAGACCGUCCAACAUUCGCAAGUUUAUACGUCUGUUCUGGGGUGUUUGGUAUCCCAAUUGCUGUAUCAUUCAUAAACCUACCUUUUGUAUCCUAACAGCCCCUCUUCCUUUGUUACUUUCCAUGGCAAUGAUUGGUGCCUCUGUUUCAGUGUAUGAAGAAGAUACCCAAAGAGCACGUCUGUGGUUCGACGCAGUUGAAGAAUUGGUAUUCGGUGAUGAUUGCUUCCAAGAAGCACUCACCGGAUGUCCAGGAAAUCAGAGUCACUCGGGGUACGAGUUACUACGAGCUCUCCAGGCUUCUUAUUUCGUCUGUGUAUACCAGAACUGGGAGGGGUCGAAUAAGAGUCGGGAAAGAAUACGACGGCUUCGAUACAGCAUGGUUGUCACGGUUGCAAGAAACCUCGAACUCUCAUCAGCAACUCAUGGAAGGCUGGAUUUGGCAAACUUCGAUUGGCACGAGUUUGUUAGAGAUGAAGAGCUCAUAAGGACCUUGCUAUAUGUUUUCCUCAUUGAUACGGCCUUUACGAUAUUCAACAACCUCCCACCUCGACUAGCGUUUAGUGAAUUGAAAUUGAGCCUGGCUUGUCCCGAGCCAUGCUUCCAAUCUCAAUCAGCCGAUGACUGCCUUUUGGAGCUUCACAUGGCUAGUUCAGCAGUGCCGCCGAUUAAUACCGUUGCCUCCGCCAUAGAGACGCUCUGCGAGGCGGAAAUAUGCCCAGAUGACUGGCAAGCGUUAAGCCGGACGGGCAUCCUCAACCUAUUCAUUAUAAUAAGUGCUCUUCAUGUCUUGAUAUUUAACGCAAAGACACUGAUGGCGCUUAAGCCAUCCUUGUUACCAAUUCAGCAGGGGUUGAAGAACUGGAAACGGCUAUGGGAUAAACAACACAUAUUAAGGACGCCAACUUGGCCAGAUGAGCUAUCCGUGACAGAAAUGUGGAAAAGAGAAGGGUUCAUGAAACACGCGGGGGAAUACUGGGCACUGGCAGCAAUGAAGUUGGAGCGCAUGAAGCCGCCGCGUUCUUCGCGGAUUGCAACCAUCCCUUCGAAGCCGAGUAAUGCGGAAAAAUAUGACGAUACGAACCUCGAGCAAGUCAUUGAUCUUAUACAAGAUUUUCGCAAAAUUGCCGUGUAGAAUAUCUUUCAAAGCAUAUUUUGAAUCUCUUCUUCCUGCCAAAGAAAAUGAAUAAUGAAUGGAUUGGCCAUAUCCCACAUCUGUAAUAUUCUAUGUGUCGAGAUGACCGUGCAAAUCGUAAACCUGUGCCAUUUGGAAAUUCAUAAAAACCACUGUUACUUGCUCCCAAUCUCGACAUCAAUAUUGGGGGACGAAUUAUCAUUCUGACCCUCAAUUUUGACACCUUUUCUGCGACGAAAUA